CCUCUCCUCCGCCUGAGGCGCUUGUCGGUCGGGCAGAGUCUGGAACGGAGGACCCGGACUGCAUCUGCCCGCGCGGGACAAAAACCAAGAAGUCUGCUCCUCGGACCUUGCGGCUUCGCCUAGCUGUUUUUCCACGGCAGAGACGGCUCCCUUUGCCCGCAAUAGGCAUGCUUUCGCCGGGCUCCGCUUCCUCCAGCCUGGCUGGCAGAAGGUGCUGGAGAAGGAGCUGCACCGUGGAGGAGCUGCGAGCCCGGCGGAGAGAGCGCGAAGCGGCCCUGAGGAGUGCCCGGAGGCUGCAGCAGUUGGUCAGUAAGCGGCUGUUACGGGAUGAUGCUCUGAUAGAGGACAUAUGCAUGGGAACAAACAGCGGUACAACAGCUCCAGUUUCUGAACAGGAGGUUUUAGAGCUUCUGAAAAGCACCCACAAGGGAAUGGAAGAGAGAAUAAAAUCCUUGCGUCGCCUUCGAUGGGGGCUGCAAUACAAAGAAACCCAGCGGACGUUCAUCAGGCUGGAGGGUAGCAUGCGGAUGCUGAUUGGCCUCUUCACCAGCAAUCUAGCAGAUCUGCAGAUGGAGGCAGCUUGGUGUUUACAUGAAUUGUCACACUCCCAAGACCCAGAAGUUGUGGAGGCCUGUUUGCCAGCCACCUCCUACCUCCUGACCUACCUCUCUGGACACAGUACAGCCCUCACGGAACUGUGUUUGUACACGCUGGGGAACUUGGCAGUUGAGACAAAGAUUGUGAAGAAGCAGCUUCUGCCCCAAGGCAUUGUUCCAGUGCUGGCAUCUUGUAUGCAGUCUCCUCACCUGGCAGUGCAGGAAGGCGCAGGCUAUGCUCUGUCACAGCUCUUGCAGUCGAAAGAAUCCACAGAGGAAAUAAUCUCCUUGGUUCUAGAUUCUGGCCUCUCCCAACACAUGCUUCGCUUGGUUUGCUCCAACUUGGAACAGGGAAUGGGAGUUGCUGUGGAAUUUGCAUGGUGUCUGCACUACAUUAUUUGCAGCCGAGUGAACAACUCACUGCUCAUCUCCCAAGGGACCCUGCCGACUCUCGGGCAGCUGUUGCUAGCCCUGGCUUCCAUGACGACAACUUCUGCUGAGGGUCUGGAACUGCUGGUCUGUCCUGUGGUGCGGUGCGUCAGCAACCUCCUCGCUGAAGACGAGCCCUGUGGUGGCGAGCUCCAGGCACAAGCAGAGGGCCUCCUGCGGGCUGUGUUUGUCUUCAUCAGGAGCUUCCUCCCCAGGCACCUCUUCAUUGUGCAGGAAUGUUUGUGGCUGCUGAAUAACCUCACAGCUGAUGACCCCACGUUGUGUUCUGCUCUGCUCAGCCUGGACCUCUUUCCAUCUCUGCUGCAGCUCUUGCAUUGCCAGAAGGCAAGCGUGCUGGUUCUAACAGUGCUGUGCAACAUUGCGGCCAAGGGGCCUGCCCACUGCCAGGCACUGCUCCAGAAGGCCCGGCUUCCUUCUCUCCUUGGUGCCCUUGCCCUUUCUGAUGACGAAGCAGUGAAUCAAGUUUUGGAACUGGCAUACCUCCUCUUCCUACACUGGCCAGAGGCUGCCAUUGACUUUGUGGAUCAAUCAGGACUACAGGCUCUAGAGCGGCAUCGGGAGAACCUGCUGUUGCGAGAGAAGGUUGAGGCACUCGUCAGAAUUGCCAGCCAGCUAGCAGCUCCCUCUCAGAACUGUCCACUUGAGGAUUCAGCUUAAGAUCUGUAGCGUACUUUGUUAAAACACUGACCGAGAGACAAGUCACCUGUACCAGCUUGUUCCCAAGAAAGCACUACCUCUCUUCCUUUGGGAAGGGCAUUCUCACUGUCCAGAUCCUGCGCUGUCAAGUCUGGGGAUUCCCCUGGAACUCAGCAGGACCCACGUACUUACCUUCCUGGCAUUCCUGCUGUCCCCCAUGAUGCAGGCAGAACCUGGUCAAUAGUGGCUGCAGUAGUGGAAUGUGGGCCCAGCCAGCACUCUCCUGGGUUACAGAAAAUCUGUCACCCUCUGAUGAUGUCAUCGGCUGGCAUCGAGGAACCAACAAAAAGGCCAAGGAAGAAGAAGCCUCCAUAGAGGCUAUCAAGCAGGCCAGUGAUCCCUACAGCAGCCUAGAUGUGAUGACUGGGCAGGGAAUGGCGGAGCUGAACCAGGCAAGGGCUUUCAGAGAACCAGGAAAGGCAAGCUCAGCAGAGGCCCCUCUGAGAGCUGGCUAGUGAGAGGGUGAGGUAGGAGACUGAGGGUGUGUGUGUCAACAUCUGGCCCAAAUGAUGGCUCAAGAGACAAGGGUGGGGCUGGAAAUGAAUGGCCAGGGCAGAGAGGGAGCGUAAAUGGAGAUGGCAUAACCAGGCAAGGGAUGAGGGGGAAAAGAGCCCCUUGUUCUAAGCUCAGGCAGGGACAAUGCUCCAGGAAAGAGUGGAAGGACUUAGGUACCAUAACCAUGUCCCCCACCCCCCCUUUUCCCUAAUUAGAGACCUUGGAAGACACCUAGGCAUGAUGGCUGAAAGCCAAGAGGCAGCAUUAGUGCAAGAAAGAGCUUCUUGAUCAAAUAAAUAUCUUGCCUUAGCUUCUACCAGAUGUGUUUUUUUUCUGCAGUCCUUUGACCUGGUUAGCUUAGUAUUAGUCAGGGGGUGUCAACAAAGGGGUAGUCUGCAAGUUUACAACCUCUUUAUUCUCCUCUCCCCACCUCCACCCCCGGACCGUAACACAGUAUAGUAAGAAGAAUCAACCUGCAAAAAAUACACUUGGCUAAAAUAGGUAUUUGGGCUGUAUUUUGGAAGCUCUAUUUUUAUAUGCAGUUUAAUAAGUUACAUCCAUACAUGCUUCACAACUGGAUUAAGAUUCUUGAAUGCAGGUACCGUGCGUUAUCUUCAUGCUUUGCUGUUUAUAACAGUGUCUAAAGCUUUGGCAACUUGGUCCAUCUUCAGGUUGUUCAGCUGUACACACUUCUCUCUGCCAAAUUCUGGGUGAAUACAAAGUGUAUGUAAGCAUUUACCAUAGUGAUCGGGAAAUUCCUAGACUAGCACUGUACCUGCCGUGACAUCACUUCUUGGUGCUCAGCUUGAAGUGAUGUCAUGAUGCUCCUCCUCCCCUGGGGCCUUCAGUAUGCAAAGCAGUGUCCCCACCUGCAAGCCACGGUCCCCUUCCUUAAUCAUAAGCAUAUCCGGCUGGCCUACAACAACUAACUGACACUGAGAAUCUUUGGAUGGAGCUAGAAUGCAUUUGAUAGACCGCUGCUUUUUUAUGUUUUACGUUUUACUAAAUUAUUGUUUUAACUGUUGUACUGAACUGUUUUUAAGCCAAACCUAUGUAAGUUUUAUAUGUUGUAAGCCGCCCUGAGCCACCUCGGUGGGAAGGGCGGGAUAUAAAUUGAAAUAUAAAUAAAUAAAUAAAAUCUUA